AAGUCGCUCAGUUAUCCUUAAAGCCUAUCCGGGUUUGCGCGGAUCGAAACAGACCGGCUUGACCUUGAAUCAUCAGCCCAGCACCAUGCGCCUCUUCAUUUUCCUCGUUGUCGCCUUGACCCUCAUCGCCCCGCAACCCGACGCCAAACGUGUGGUCAAGCGGCUCCCGAUCCAAUUCAAGUACACCACUGAGGACCAAGACGUUCAAGCCACUAAACAUGGAGGUGGAGGGGGUGGAAACAAACACCACGAGGAAGGAGGUGGGAAAAAGCACAAGGAGGAACACCACGAGUCGCAUGGAGAAAAAAGCAACAAGGGAUACAAAGGCAUCCACGAGUUUGACAAGGGUGAAAAAGGCCACCACGACAAGGAGGGGCGCAAGCAUCAUUACGCGGAGAAGGGUGGACACGAGAAGAAGAAGCACGACGAAGCCGGUCACUACGGGGAGCAUCACCACGACGAGAAAGGCGAGAAGGGUGCGAAAUUUGGCGAGGACGGUAAACACCAGAAGGGCCACAGCACCAAGGGCGAGCACAACAUAUUCAAAAAAGACGAGUACGAAAAAAAGGAAGACUUCUACGACGAGUACCACGAGGGUGGGAACCAGGAAAAGCACGGGGGUCACCACCACGAGCACGAGGGAAAGAAGGGGGGCCACCACAAGAAGGGGCACCACGACGGAGCGAAACACGAGGAACACCACGGAAAGAAGAAGAAACACGAGAAGGGGCACCACCACGAUGACCACAAAGGGCACAAGAAAGCCCAGGGUCACGAUUCCAGUCAUCAUGACGAGUCCAAGUACGGGAAGAAGCGCGGUCACGAGGAGGGGAAAAAGUGGAUCCAUAAGAAGAGCGGUCGCUGAACCCCGGUAGCCGAUCCAUCGUCACAUGAUCGACGAUCUCCUACAACCGAUGCCAAAUACAUACAUUAGUUCGUUCUUGUACAAGUUUUUUUUUUAUACUGUGUGUAAUUACCUCUACUUUAACAUUAAAAAAAUCGCCUGUACCUGUC